AUGACCUACCUUGCCGUAGUGCUGAACGGACCAAAAGCCAAGAAUGGCCGCAAAGUUUUCGACAGUUUUGUGGAGCAGAAUCGACAAAUGUUCUGGAAUCGCGAGCUAACAGUAGCGUGCAACGCAAUAACCUAUAUGGGUUUCAUGCGCCCUGGCACACUAUUCAUCGCCGGAGCUCCACAACAAUUGGCAGUGUUCAAAGAUGCAUGGGCGAGACGCAUCUUGAAACCGGCAAUGGGAUACACAAUCACAUCGUUGGGCGAUCUUGGUGCGAUUCAACAAGUCGAGCAAAUGCAUUUCGUCCCGCUUGGCGACGUGAUUUGUGACGCCGUCGCCCAACUCAAUCGGAACGGAAUGGCCGCCACAGAGCAAGCGAUCCGGCAAUACGUGGCGAGACACUGUCCCCAUGUUGCACCGCCCGGAAUUGAGAUGGUACGCCAGACGAUCGCCUCUCUCCUCGCCACCGGAUUCGUCUAUAAAAUGGCCGAGCACUAUUUUGUCUCAGUACCAACGAACUCGCCGAUGCGGCCGCCCGGAGCCAAGCCAAAGCUUCCAACAACUUCCAAAAAUACAGUGGAGUGUCAAACCGGGAUGUCGAUGAUGGUAGCGACCACAGCCACCAAGGAGUCGUCCACGUCUUCUGACGAUAAUGUUCAAAGUCAGAAUCAGAACCAAGGAUGCUCCAAAAAAAGCCAUAACAACAAUCAGAGACGCAGUAUCUUCGCCCGUUUAUUCUCGCGUGGCAUGAAGUCCCAACACAUGAUGCCAUCAGCCUCCCCAGUAGUCGUCGGGUGCCAAACCAAGACCUACCCGAUUUCAUCGUCUCCUCCUGGUGUUCUGUUGCCGCCGGCUAAGAAUAAGUACCCGACUUAUCAUCACGAUCUGAAUGAGGAAUGUCAACGGAAGAGCUAUCCAAAGGAACAGUCGAGAAAGAGUCGUCGUCAACGUCGUGAGACCCAAAAAUUCGCAACAUCCAGCUCAGAGUGCCUCAAAUACUAUCCAGUCGACAUGCCACUGGAGGAGCCGAAGACUCGACCAACCAGACGACGUGCUCGCCUCGCUUCCCCACUUCGCAGCUCCACACCGAAUGAGUCGGACUCGGCGUACAGUGUCUCGCCACCGCAUACCGAUUCGAAUGAGGACGCUGGAAGUAUGAGUGAUUCGGAGAUUAAUCACACUUAUAUCAACGUGAACAAGUUCCGCGAGACUUAUGACUCGACACAGUUCGAGGACUUGACCGGAGCGACUAGUGUCGAGGAACCACAGAUUUUGACGACUCAGAUGAGAGGAGUCCUGAUUUCCAAUCUUUAG